AUGGGAUUUUUGAGUUUUCUUGAUAAAGUUUUUGCUAAGACUGAGAAAGUUGGUUUUAAAGUUGCAAAUGUGACACAUAAAGUAGUUGUCACUGGACUAUUUUUGACGUUUUUGUAUGGAACUUACGGGCUUGCACGAGAUUAUAGAGCAUAUUUUCUAAUGAGAAGGGAUCCUAAGUAUAAAGAGUACCUACUGAAGAGAGAAGAAUUCAUUAGAAAAGCAGUUGAAGCAAGAAAUGAUGAAGAAAACAAAGCAAAAAGCAAUAUAUAA